UCGAUGGUAUUUCUAACCUAUGAUAAUGUAGUCAGUACUAUCGUAGUUAGUUUGAUGACAUGGCACAAUAUAGAUAUCAUUUUUACAUUUUAAUAAUGACUUUAGAAAAUUAACAAGUCAACGAAAAAGCAGACAAUAUAUAACGUACAUUAUUAUUAGUUUUAAAAAUGGAAGCAAUCGCGAGAAUCUCGAAAGCGAAUAUCGUGCAAGCCACAAGAAAGCACACAGCCACCGUAUUUUUCUUUCACGGUUCUGGUGGCACGGCAGAAGACAUGAAGGAAUGGGUUGAUAUAAUUAACAGGGAAAAACUGCAGUUUCCGCACAUAAAGUUAGUUUACCCUAGCGCACCCAGUCAGCCUUAUACACCUAAUAAUGGGAUGAUGCAAAAUGUAUGGUUUGAUCGCGUGGCAAUAACUAAUCAGGUGCCGGAAGAUCUAAAGUCAGUUGAUUCCAUGUGUCAACACGUAUCGCUACUGAUCAACAAAGAGGUAGAAGAUGGCAUUCCUCGUGAUAGAAUAAUUCUGGGUGGUUUUUCCAUGGGUGGUUGUCUUGCACUGCAUUUAGCGUAUAGGUUCAAGACAGCUGUAGCUGGUUGCUUCGCUAUGUCCUCCUUUCUCAAUAAGGGAUCUGCAGUAUACGAGCACUUAAAAGCUAAUCCGGAAGAUGCUAAGAUACCACUUCUUCAGUAUCAUGGUACGGUUGAUACUCUAGUCCCAAUCGAGUGGGGUGAGGAGAGUGCUAGGAAUCUAAAGGAGCUUGGCGUGAAUGUAGAAUUUGUGCCGCUGGAGCGAGUCGAGCACGAGUUGAAUCGCAAGGAGAUCCAAGGUUGGAAAGAUUGGCUCCUUGAUCUCUUACCAGACAAAUAACGUAUAAUUGAUUGUUAUAUAAGUAAAGAUAUCGAUCUUUAUCUUAUAUCUUUCUAAUAUUAAAUCCUCUUUAUUAUCGACCAAGCUGACAAAUGCAAAUAAAAAUGAGAAACACUACGUUUCAACUUAAUUCUGGUCCUUAUCAAGUGUUAAAUAAGCAGCGUCAAAAGUCAUCCUUAACAGAUGAUGACCUAAUUUUUUAAAUAGUCACUAACUUCCAAAAAGCACGUCUGUGCUCCAUUAUAGCAGCCAAACAAGGAUUUUUUUAUUUUUAUUUCUACUUGCCAGCUUGGUCGACAAUAAAGAGGAUUUAAUAUUCGUUAAUUUACUGGCGACGAAAAGGCUUCGUUCUGGAUUAUGGACUUAUAUCUUUCUCCUUAUGAGAUAUCUUGUAUGAUAUCUUUAUGUGAUUUGUUAUUGGCAUGUUACUAACCAACAUGCAACACACUGUGUGAUAUUGUUAUAGUUUGGGAAGUUGUGUAUGGGAGUAAUAUAUCAGGUUUUUAUCAGAA